AUGAAUUCUUCUCAGAUUGAGCAUUCUGUUUUAUAUAAAUGGAGCAGCUGUGACUCCAAAUUACGGGCUCCCGAUGUCAAGAGCCGGCUUGAUAUCCGUAAGAUACAUGUCUACGAUUUUGACAAUACGUUAUUCAAUUCACCGGCUCCGAAUCCCAGUUUAUUAUCGAGCUACCUCAUAAACAUACUGACAGAUCCGCAUAAGCUUAGUAACGGUGGGUGGUGGAGCGAACCGCGGUUUUUACGCGAAUUGAUUCGGGAGUGGACCGUUAACAAAGCUUCUGCGACCGAUUUAAAAAAACUGGAUCAAAUUGACGCUGCGUAUUGGAAUCGAGACAUUGUAGAACUUUCAAGAAUUUCCCGUGAAGAACCUGGCGUAGUGUCUAUAUUGAUGACCGGCAGGAAAGAACAGUACUUUAAAGAGGUUAUUGGUGGCAUCCUGGAUCAACCCGUGUUUGGCGCUGAUAAACUUCAAUUCAAUGCUGUUUUCCUCAAGAAGCCGGGAUAUCACACAACCAUGGCCUAUAAGACUGCGUGUUUGACAGAUCUACUGGAGCAUUACGACAGAUGCGAAGAGAUCACCAUCUAUGACGAUAGGAUUCGCCAACUACGCGGAUUUCAACAAUUUUUGAAUGAAUUCGUUGAGGCUGUACGACCUUCCUUGCUAUACAAUUUGAUAUACGUCAGCGGGAUCGUCAAGUACUUGGACCCUGCGAAAGAAAGAGGCAUCAUCACAUGCAUAUUUGAAGAGCACAACGAGGCAGUAAGCGAUCAUGUCAAGAGAGGAAUCCACUCACCCACCUUUACUGGCGGUAAAAUGGAUGUACGUGAAAAACGUCUUGGAGCGGCAUAUAUCUUGACGCCCUUGGCUCGAAAGCACGUCGUCCAAUUUGUGGUAGACAGAUGUAGCCACCUGAUUGAGAACCAUGACAUAUCUCACUUGAUGUUUUCUCCCCGUACUAUUCCGUGCACAGGCCAUGGCGCUAUUACAAGCAGAAGGAUUGCCACGAAAAUCUUGCUAGGAUUGAGCGAUGAUCCCCCUGACGAACUGAUCGAUAAAACCAUGGAAUUGAUGAACGACGGGAAAGAGAGUUCCAGAAUAAAAUUCCGUGUCGUAGGAUUUGGAUUCGCCAAAAGUCAUGGAAUUUACGCCCUUAAGGUUAUACCCAUUCCCUCAUCUCGAUUCAUAUUCUCUGAGUUUCCUGACCUCCUACUAGUUGUAGCAUCAAUUGAAAACACCGAUUAUGAUACGGUCGAGAUAUGUGAGAGCUCACUCUAUUCCUGGAGCGAGCUUGAAGAAAGCAUUACUAUAGACACAGAUUUUGGAUACGAUUUCAUUUUAUCUGCAGUUCCUCAUAAAAGAGCCAAGAAGCGGAAACAGUAG